AUGAGUAUAAAAAAGCCACCGAUCCGACAGAAAGGAUUCGAAACUACACCGGGUAAUUAUCCAGGAUCGGAUGAAAACACUCCACGAGGCUCGACACCAUUGCCAAACGGGCAAAAUCCAAAUGGCGGCUCUCCAAACGAACCGGGCUAUCCAGGCCACCCAGGCAAGCCAUCAAGCCAACAGCCAAACAGCUCAAAUCCAAGCGGCCAAAAUCCAACCAACGACCAGCCAGAUACUGAUGGCUACUGGACACCAGGCAAAUACAUCCCAGGACAAAAACCGCAGAGCCGUAUCGGAAAGCCAUCAAGUGGAAACCCAACCAGCUCAAAUCCAAAUGGCCAAAAUCCAGGCGCAUAUACACCAGGAAAGUCAUCAAGCGGAAGCUCACAUGAUGACCUUCUAAAAUCGGUUCCACAAAUCCAAACCAAUGGUAAACCACUAGAUGGUCAGGGCAUUAUCAAUAAUCUUAAGAAUUGUGUUGAUCCAAAUACCAAUACCAUUGGUGCCCACGAUUUAUUCCCAUAUUUGAAUGGUCAAAUUGAUAUGCCACUUAGCAAUUUGCUCUCUCGGCCAAGACAAAGCUUCCCCGUUGAUUAUGAUGGAAUUAGUGAAUCAAGCAGUGGAAACAGUGAUUUGUUGAGCAGUUUAUCAGUUAGUGGAUUACUUGGCGGCAGUUCGUCAUCAUCAGGUUCAAAUGGUGGAAGUGGUCUUCUCAGUGGACUCGGUGGAGUCCUCAGUGGUGGUAGCAAUGAUAACAAGAAAAGCAGCGGCAUUCUUGGCGGUCUCUUCGGCUAAGCAUCAAUACAAUCUACCAACUUGAAAAUUAUCGAAUGGAAAAAAUACACUUGAUCAAUACGAAUUCAACAUCAUCUUUUGUUCAAGCAAUUUCCAUGCAAAUCAAGAAAAUGUAUACUUAAAACAGCUAAAUAUAUACACAUUACCAUCAAAA